CCGUCACUUUUGGGUUUUUUUCCACAAUGGGCCCUUUAUUUUUUCUCUUACGCUGACAAGAUUCAAACACCGACAAUACAGACAAAAAGGCGAGCGUGGAUUUUCCUUUUGAUUCUUUCUCGCGUUCUGCGUUGGGAGCCGUAAAAGUCGAGGUGAUGGUAAACCACAAUAGAAUAGUUUCUAUUGAAGGUGGCAUAUACAGACCAUCUUUUCCAUUGACAGCUAAAAACUUCGUUUUGUACGUAAACGAUUCAUUGAUGGACGAAAAUAGCAUUUUGCUUCAUCGGACACCCAGUGACUGUCUCCGAGCGACGUUUGAAUUCAUGCAAUCAAAAAAGGCAAAUGGCCAUGCAACAGUGUUCUGUAGCCACCUUGAUGUCGACGGAAUCAACUUGCAGCACUUCGCCAUCCGAGCUCGAGACAGUCGGCAUAAAGUCCUUCGUUGCAGAAGCCGAGGAUGCAGACUUUCGGUAUCCAGUCACACUAGCGCUUGAUUUCGGCACUACCUAUUCUGGGUGCAGCUACGCUUUCGCGCAUGACGAUGAAGUGUACGAUAUCAUCAAAUGGCCAAAACACAGCGGUUUUUAUGCCAAAGUACCUACUGCCCUCUAUUAUAAGAAAGACAGCUCUCGAUUGCUGGACUGGGGGAACGGCGCACGGCUCCGAUCAUUCAAGCCUGUUCAAGAAGGAUCGCUUGUACAUCAGUUCAAGCUCUGGUUAGCCGAUGAUCUUGAUAACAACAUUCCUCCCUUACUCGAACACCAAUCCGCUGUCGACGCUAUUGCCGAUUAUCUACAUCAUUUUCAUGAUCAUAUCAUGGAAGAGCUGAUGAGAACGUUUGCACAAAAUUAUUCUCCGGAUCAAUUUCGCUAUUGCGUGACUGUACCAGCGAUCUGGUCCGACAAGGCUAAAGCGGCUAUGCGGGAAGCCGUGAUCAAGGCUGGCAUAAUUGAACGUGAUGAUGAUCCUCGUCGCCUUGUGCUUGUCAGCGAGCCGGAAGCGGCUGCGCUUUACUGCGAGCAAAAAUACCACGCGUGGAACCUCGGUCAUCAAGAUAAAUUCAUGGUUCUCGAUGCUGGAGGCGGCACCAUUGAUUUGAUCGUCUACGAAAUUGACGAUGACACUAGCGACGAGCGAACACUUCAUGAACUUACAAAAGGUCACGGAGGAUUAUGUGGCAGCGCCUAUAUUGAUCUCCGUAUGUGUGAGUUGCUCAAAAACAAAUUUGGCGAUCAUGCCGACGACAUGCCUCUGUGUACUCUUGAAAUGAUCAUGGAUACAUUCGUGGAGAAAAUCAAGCCCAACUUUGACGGCAAAGAAGAUCAGUACCUGGAAAUACCUGCCACCGCUUGCCAAUUCAUUGAACCGCAUUUAUUAAACGAGGACGGAUGCGUUGUGUUGGAAGUGCAAGAGUUGGUGGAAAAAGUGUUUGAUCCAGUCUUUAACGAUAUUAAAGUACUGGUUGACGAGCAAAUCGAACGAGCAAACACAAGCAUCGACGCCAUUUUUCUGGUAGGCGGAUUUGGCUGCUCGGAAUUCUUGUACGAGACAUUGAAAGCGCACGUUGCUUCAAGAGUUCCUGUACUAGCCAUGCCACCCCGCCCUGAGCUAGCGGUAUCUCGAGGCGCCAUUUACCAUAUGCUUAAGCCGAAGAUGGUGCGCACAAAAAUACUGCGGCGCACUUAUGGUGUGCGCACACGACUGCCUUUUGAGGAAGGAUUGGAUCCUGAAAGCAGUGCUGUGAUUACUUCAGACGGUGUAAAACGAUGCUCGACGCGAUUCGAUAUUGUGGCUGAGAGAGGAGAACGGAUCCACGUCGACAGCACCCUACGCCGAUCUUUCUGGGUUGUCUAUCCAAAGCACACAGAAGUGGAUCUUUAUGUCUACGACGGUGACGGUAUUCCUCCUCGACAUAUCACGGACCCAGCGAUCCAUAAAAUUGCCGAUUUUCCCGUACGAAUUGCACCAUUAAGUGGUGUCCAGCCAGGCGAUCGCAUUGACGUAACCGUUGAUUUUGUCUUUGGACAAACAGAACUAAAAAUUCUCGUUUCCUUUCAAGAACGACGUCUAGAAUUCACAAUAAAAUUCGAGUAACGCCGCUGAAGAACAAAAAGGCGGUUAGAAUCAAAAAGUGGCAUUUAUACUUCUUUCCCAGCAGCCAAUCAUAUAAUAGACCCGGAUGCUUGAGCACGAAAAUCAACUGUGGAGGAUGGUCUGGCUCAGGUCCAAUGAGUGCCGUAGGUGAGGAAAAUCAUGUUUUUAUGUUUACUCCUAACGCCGUAUAUAAGAGAAGUAGGCUUAAGUAAGCAUGAGUUUGCAAGUGAAGAAGCUAUUUACACA